ACGCAAUUUUUAUUGGUACUAUUGAAUCCUACUGAAUUCCGUACUAUAUUCGACUGUCAACUCGACUUUUGGUUUUGUAAGGACUUGCUGUCACAGAGCAUGAACCAAAUUUAAGUUCUUCAAUCUGGUUUUAGCCAGCUAAUGAACAUAUUUGUAAUGAUGGCCUCUAUAGUGGCUGUAGAGGAUUGAUUGAAGUACAUGUAUAGGCCUAUGUCUGACCAUGGAGGUAGAAUCACACCUCCAUGGUCUGACGCGACAUUUCAGGAGGCGCGACUGAAGAAUAUUCUCUUUUCGAGACUGCAUAAGGUGGCCCAAACUACUCUGCAGUGCCGGUGAGAACAAAAGCGGGCAGUACAGGUGGAUAUGUACGGAGUCAGUGUUGGACCGUGGUCAGUGUUGAAGCAGCGAACGAGAAGUGAAAAUGGCGGCUACUGGUUCAAAGGCAACAGGAGGUAUCUUGUUCAGUCUCGGGAGUGCUUGGCGGAGACAAUCGAUGACCACAUUGCUUCGUGGGAGCAGUGCUUCAGUACCAUCGUACGCGAAAGCGUCUAAUGUCAGUGAGAGUCCUUGGCCAGGGCACGCUCUCUGUUACACAGUCAAAAAAGAGCAGCCAGAACCACUGCCAACAAAAGUCAAAGGUGAAGUUCCAAAAUGGAUCAAUGGUAGUCUUCUUCGCAAUGGUGGUGGCAAGUUUGAAGUUGGAAAAGACUCAUACAACCACAUGUUUGAUGGUUUAUCUCUGCUCACCCGAUAUAACAUCAGAAAUGGCAAGGUGAGCUACCAGACUAAUUUCCAACGUAGUGAUGCUUAUAUCAAGGCCAUGGAGCAGAAUCGCAUUGUUAUGUCAGAGUUUGGCACUACAGCUCAUCCCGAUCCCUGUCUUGGUAUCUUUGGACGUUUCAUGGCACGAUUUAAACCUAGCCAGUUCACAGACAAUUGUAAUGUCAACUGGAUGGCUAUUGGAGAUGAGUGUUACGUGAUGACAGAGACCAAAGAGAUUCGGAAGAUUGAUCCCGUCACGUUGGAGACCCUUGACAAGGUUGACCUUUCUAAAAGGAUGGCUGUGCAUACUGCAACUGCUCAUCCUCACAUCACAAAUGAUGGCAUCAUGUACAACAUGGGAUCACAUUAUGAUAGGAAGUCUCAUUACAACAUCAUCAAGGCACUUCCACCAGAUCCAGGUGUGAUGGCAGACCCAAUGAGCAAGGCAUCUGUUCUCUGUUCAAUUCCUGCAUCUGAUUCAUUCCCAUCCUACUACCACAGCUUUGGCAUGACCGACAACUACAUUGUGUUCCUUGAGCAACCCCUGGUUCUUAAUCUUCUCAAGUUACGCUUUAUACGGAUUUUCAAGUCAGGUUUUUCAACUACAAUGAAGUAUCAGAAGACACGCCCAGCACGAUUUCACCUCAUCAAGCGUGACACAGGGGAACUCCUCUCCCAAAGGUUCCUGGCUGAUCCCCUUUUCUGCUUCCAUCACAUCAAUGCCUAUGAAGAGGGAGGACAUGUGGUAGUGGAUCUGUGUUGCUACACAGAUGAGAGUGUCAUCCAGAGUGUGGCCGUUGCAGAAAUGAGGAAUGGAAUGAGGACGAAUGCUCCACUCAUAAAAAGUGAAGGCAAGAGAUUUAUUCUGCCGGUCGACAGAGAGAAGACACCUGGUAUGAAUCUCAAUGCCCUGGAUUACUCUAAAGCAACUGCUGUGCUCAAUGAUGAUGGCUCCAUUCACUGUACCCCUGAGGUUAUCAGUGAUAAGUACGUAGAGCUCCCAAGAAUAAACUAUGAGAAACACAAUGGGAAGCCAUACCAGUAUUUCUAUGGUACCAGUGGUGACCUUUGGCAAUUACUUAAAAGUGACACAAGGACAGCAACAUCUCAAGUGUGGAUGGAGGAGGGCGCUCUCCCCUCUGAGCCAGUCUUCAUCGGUGCUCCAGGGUCAACAAGUGAAGAUGAUGGUGUGGUUGUUUCUGCUGUAGUAAGUGUACAGGAGGGUAAACCUUCCUUCCUUUUGGUGUUGGAUGCUCGUGAUAUGAAAGAGGUAGCUCGGGCUGAGAUUGAUGCAGAGGUCAUUUUUGGCAUUCAUGGCAUGUAUCUUGCCAAUUAAUUGAUCUGACACAGUUUGUUCUCUUUGAGGGAACAGUCCUAUAGCUAAUGUGUUUGGACUUAAUUGCAUUUGUUUUUUGAAAAUGAUGAAGAAAAAUCUAUUUCUAUCUUUUAGUUGCCACUGUGACAGUGUUAUUAGUUCUAGUAGUUCUUAAUUUAGUAUGCUCUAUGGGAUUUUAUUGAAAAUGCUAAGGGAAUAAAUAUGUGCUUGGUUGGUCUUACCUGCAGUUAAGACCGACCAAGCACAUAUUUAUUGCCAGUCAUA